AUGAGUGAUAAGGAGCCAUUAUUAAAGAAACAUAACAAACUACUUGAUGACAAUGAUAGCGACAAUGAAAACAAAAGUUUUUCUGAGUGGCGUCAAUAUUUCAAACAGCAAAAGACUGAUGCUAAGAAUAAAAAGUUAGAUGAUGAGAUCAACCAAACUACUAAAGAUAUUCCGGUCGGUGUUUUACAAUUGUUUCGAUUUGCUGAUCGUAUUGAUAUUUUUCUUAUGAUUGUUGCUGUGUUUUGCGCAUUAAUGCAUGGAGUUUGUGCUCUCGCGAAUAUAAUUCUUUUUGGUCGAAUCACGGGAUUAUUUGCCACUACAUCAUUUGCUGUUGAUUGUGAUAAUCAAUAUCAAAAUUUAGCAUCUACAAUUAUCAAUAAUACAGUAUGUCCUCUUGGUAUUGAUCUUAAUCCAUUAAAUUAUGAUCGACUACAUAAACUAUGCCAUUAUGAUAAUAAAACUAUUUCAUCCACACUAGCUCCAUUGACACCUUUAUUUCAUGACAAUGUUAUGCAUCUAAUUUACUGGUUCUUUGGUCUCAGUAUUUUCGCAUUUCUAAUUUGUUCUCUUGAAUAUUUCUGUUGGAUGGUUGCUACGAAACGACAAACAUCUCGUAUGAGUGUUUUACUCUUUCAAUCACUUAUUCAACGUAACAUGACUUACUUGGAUACAAAUCAAACUACUCAAUACAAUACGAAGCUUUUUACUAAUAUUGAAAAAAUCAAAAACGGGAUGGGUUUUGAAUUUUUAAUAGUAAUUGGACUUAUUUCACUCAUGAUUCUCAGUAUAAUCAUGUCUUUUGUUCUCAAUUGGCAAUUGUCUUUAAUUAUGUCUUGUCUGAUUCCACUUCUCGUUGGUAGUUCAUUGAUAUUUGGAAAGGUUAUCACUAAAGAAACAGAAGCGCAAUUAAGUACAUACUCAAAAGCUGGACAAAUCGCUCAAGAAGUAUUUAGUUCAUUAAGAACUGUUCUUUCAUUCAAUGGAAGCAAAUCCCAACAAAAACAAUAUGAAAAAGAACUAAAAUUAAAUGAAUGGUAUACUGUUCGCAAAGAUGCUGCAUUUGGUGCUUUUUUUGGUUGGUUACUUUUUAUAAACUUUGCAGUUUAUUCAAUUGGUUUCACUUUUGGUUCUAUUCUUAUGGCUUAUGGAAAUCAUCGUACACUGACCAUUAGUGAGAUUCUUGUUGUUGUGAAUAUGUUUGCACAAGCUUUAGGUUAUCUUACUGGAAUUGGACCUUUUUUUCAAUCAAUUUCGGAAGCUCAAGGCGCAGCAGUAACCGUAUUUCGACUUAUUGAUGAGGCACAUGAUGCAAAUAUCAACGAAAGAGAAAUAUUGGAAGAGAACAUAUCUGAUGAAAGAUCUAUUUCUAAUAUCAAUGGUGAUAUUGAAUUUGACAAUGUUAGUUUUAGUUAUCCAUCAAGAGAAAAUGCAACAGCUUUGAAUAAUCUUAAAUUGAUUGCUCGUGCUAAUCAAACAACUGCUCUUGUAGGUUCAAGUGGUUGUGGAAAAAGUACAUGUGUAUCACUUCUUCUUCGCUAUUAUGAACCUUCCUCAGGUAGAAUCAUGAUUGAUGGUCAAUCAAUUACAAAUUAUAAAAUCAAACAACUUCGUCAGAAUAUUGGAGUUGUUAGUCAAGAACCUAUUUUAUUUGGAAUAAGUAUUUAUGAAAAUAUUCGUUUUGGUAAAAUGAAUGCAACACGUGCAGAGAUUGAACAUGCAGCAGAACAAGCUAAUGCACAUAAUUUCAUUAUGAAACUACCAAAUAAAUAUGAAACACUUGUUGGUGAACGUGGUAUACAAUUGAGUGGUGGUGAAAAACAACGUAUUGCAUUAGCUCGUGCACUUGUCAAACAACCCAACAUUCUUUUAUUAGAUGAAGCAACAAGUGCACUUGAUAAUGUUAGUGAAAAAAUUGUUCAAGAAGCACUUGAUCGAGCAUGCAAAAAUCGUACAACUAUUGUUAUUGCUCAUCGUUUAACUACAAUUCAAAAUGCUGAUUAUAUCUAUGUAUUAGAUAAAGGAAGUGUGAUUGAAGAAGGUACACAUGAAACAUUAUUGGCAAAAGAAGGAGGUAAAUAUCAAACAAUGAUCAAAAUGCAACAAUCUGAAAAAACGAUUGGUACACAAGAUGGCUUAAUGAAUAUGGCAAAAGCAAUAGCUGAAGAUGAAGAACAACUAUUGGAACGUGUUCGUCAAUUGAGUGAGAGCGAAACAAUUGAUACAAAUCGGAGAGCUUCGACAGCAGCAAGAGAAAAAUCUGUCCUUCUAAGACUUAUGAAGAUGAAUAGUCCUGAAUGGAUGUUUAUCUUGAUUGGUUGUUUAGCAUGCUUACUUGGUGGAUUACGUGGACCAGUGUUCUCGAUUCUAUUUGCAACAAUAAUCAAUGAAUUUAAUGAUUGUAAAUACGAUGAUGUACGUCGUCGAGUGAUGAUUACAAGUGGUUUAUUUCUUAUUACUGGCGCUGUUUUUCUGGUUCUUCAUUUUUUUCAAUUUGUGGCUUUUGGAGUCGCAGGAGCGAAAUUAGUUAGUCGCAUUCGUUCAAAAGCUUUUGCAUGUUUUCUUCGUCAAGAAGUCGCUUAUUUCGAUCGACCUGAAAACGGUUCUGGUGCUAUAUGUACUCACCUCUCCUCUAAUGCAGCUGCUAUUGAAGACAUGGUUGGUACAAGAUUAGGUGUUAUUUGUGAAACUUUAUCCCUGUCUAUUUUUGGCUUCGUACUUGGCCUUUUUUUCAACUGGCAAUUAACAAUAAUCAUAGCUAUUCCUUUCGUUCUCCUGUUGAUCAUCAGUAUUAUCCAAAUACGGUUGAGUUCAUGGUUAAAAACACAAUCGGAUCUCAUUUACUCUCAAGCUAGCACGCUUGCUGUUGAAGUUAUAACUAAUAUGCGUACAGUAAAACAGUUAUCAAUGGAACAUGAAGUUUCACGACAAUAUACGAAUAUGGUUGAUCAAGUAUUAAUAAUGUUUUGGAAACCUGAGGCAAUGUUCUCAAUAGUACUUGGAUUGUACUGGGCGAUGGACUCAGUAACUUUGGGACUUUUGUAUUGGCGUGCUUUGGUUCUUGUUGAAAAAAAUGAAAUGGAUAUGAGCGAUGUUGUUAUGAUAUCUGCUUUUGGAAUGUUCGCAUUAGAAGCACUAAAAAUGGUUGGAAUGUUAGCCGAACGUAUUGGUAAAUCAUUCGCUGCUGCUCACGCAUUUUUUGAUUUAUUUGAUCGAACACCAACUAUUGAUAAUGGAUCUAAUAAAGGACAAGAAUUGACUAAUUUUAGUGGAGAAACAGACUUUAAUCAAGUUAAAUUUGUUUAUCCAAGUCGUCCAGCAGUUCUUGUUCUUAAUAAACUUCAAUUAUCUAUUAAAUCAGGUCAACGUAUAGCUCUAGUUGGUGCAUCCGGAUGUGGAAAAUCAACAAUCGUUCAGUUAUUAGAACGAUUUUAUGAUGUUUCACAUGGAGAAUUGCUUCUUGAUGGUGUUAAUAUUCGAAAAUUAAAUCUUCAAUGGUUUCGUUCUCGUUUGGGUGUUGUUAGUCAAGAACCAGUUUUAUUUGAU